CAACGACGACGUACUAGCUAGCUAGCUCGUUCGAUCGCGUGCGUCGUUCCACACCGACGACCGGCGGAGACGAGCGGCAUGGAGGCCUCCGCCAAACUGCCCGUCGUCGUCCCGAAGGGCGUCGGCGGCAUGGACAACGACGACGUCGCGCCAGCGGGCGGCAAGAAGCAGGCGGCGGCGGGCAGGUGGGGGUUCGUGCAGUUCUUCUUCGUGCUCGCCGUCGUCUUCUGCGUGCUACUCUACGCACCGCGCGUCCUCGUGCUCAGCCCGUACGGGUACAGCAUCGACGUCGGGCUCUUCGCGCCGACGCCGACGACGGCGACGGCCUCGUCGGUGCCGCAGCGCGUCGCCGGAGGCAAUGCGGUGGCCCUUGACCUUGACAACCAGGUGCGGUCCCCGUGCUCGUCCAUGCGCGACCACACCAUCUGCUGCGACCGCUCCAGCGUGCACACGGACGUGUGCUUCAUGGCCGGCGACGUGCGCACGGACGCCGCGUCGCUGUCGCUCCUGCUGUUCCCGCCGCACCAGCAGGCGCAGAACGGCACGUCGUCGGAAGAGGACAAAGAGGAGAGGGUGCGGCCGUACCCGCGGAAGUGGGAGCGCUUCAUCAUGGACAAGGUCCCCGAGGUGCGGCUCCGUGUGGCGGCGCCGCGGCGGCCAGAUGGGGAGCGGGAGGAGGAGGAGCACCGGUGCGACGUACGGCACGACGCGCCGUUGCUCGUCAUGUCCGCGGGGGGCUACACCGGCAACCUGUUCCACGCGUUCAACGACGGGUUCCUGCCGUCGUGGCUGACGGUGCAGCACCUCCGCCGCCGCGUCGUGCUGGGGGUGGUCUCGUACAACCCCUGGUGGGCCGGCAUGUUCGGCGAGGUCAUCUCCGGCCUCUCCGACCACCCCGUGGUGGACCUCCUCCACGGCACGCGGACGCACUGCUUCCCGGGCGCCAUCGUGGGGACCCGCUACCACGGCAUCCUCAUCGUGGACCCCGCUAGGCUCCGGGACAACAAGACCAUCGUCGACUUCCACCAGAUGCUCGCCGACGCGUACGAGAAGCCACCACGGGAGACGGCAAGACCAGCACAGCAGCAGGACCUGCGGGACGCCGAGCAGCGGCGGCGACGGCGGCCGAGGCUGGGGAUCGUGUCGCGCAAGGGGACGCGGGUGAUCGAGAACCAGGCGGCGGUGGCGCGGCUGGCCUCGUCCGUGGGGUUCGACGUGGACAUCCUGGAGACGGCCAACGGGCUGCCGCUCUCGGCGUGGUACGCGUCGCUGCGUGCCUGCGACGCGCUCGUGGGGGUGCACGGCGCGGACCUGACCAAGUUCCUGUUCCUGCGGCCGGGGCGCGCCUCGCUCACCCAGAUCGCGCCGCUGGGGGUGUCCCCGAUCGCGCGCGAAGACUUCGGGGAACCCGCCGCCCGGAUGGGGCUGGCGUACGAGCAGUACGAGGUGCGCGCCGGCGAGAGCUCGCUGGCGCGCAGGUACGCGCCGGGCGACGUGGUGCUGACCGACCCGGAAGCGGCGAAGCGGGACAAGGGGGGAUGGAACUUGGUGGCGCGCGUCUACCUCGGCGGCCAGAACGUGACCCUGGACCUCGCUAGGUUCCGGCAGACCCUGGCGAGGAUGCACGCGCACGCGAUGCGGCAGCGGCGCCGGCAGGAGAGACUGUGAUGGCCGGCCGGCCGGCGGCGACAGGUGUACGCACGCACGGCGGCUGUCUAUGCUGUUCCGGACCGGUAGAGGGAGCGUGACGGCAGGCAUUGGCAGCUUGUUGGAACGACGACGUGCAUCAAGUGUUGGGGGGCGGUGAGCAUGCACGCAUCACCGUGUAUUUUGGAUGGAGAUGGAACAAGAGAGGCGUGCUUUGUCGUGUGCUGUUUGCGUGACGGAUUGGGAACGCCGACGACCACUAAGGUGACGGCAGCAUAUAUAUAUACCUCGAUCGAAUGCCGCAUACAUAUGGUGUGACGAUGCACCCCCUGACACGUAUAUUGUAUGUGCAACAUAUUACAAAUUACAUAUUUUAC